ACCUAAUCCACCGACGGAGCCUAUAUAUUCCCGAGAGGAAGAGAGUGUUGUCCUACUUUUUGCUAUCUUCUUAUUUUUACGCGCUUUACACAAUAGAAGAAACUCUCUCUCUUUCGACUCUCGUCUGAAUUAGGGUUUCGUUUUUGUUCGUCAAAGAUCGUUUCAAUUAAGGUUUCGUUUUUGAUCGUGAAAGAAAGAUGGUGAAGAAGGGAGGUACAAAGAGGAAGCCUGUGAUGACGAAGAUCACAAACAAAGCUUCGCGCGCUACUACUUUCACCAAACGCAGAGACGGUCUCUACAGCAAAGCCGCUCAGCUUUGUGUUGUCUCCGACGCUCAAAUCGUUAUCCUUGCGACACCAUCUUCUUCAAACUCCAACGUUCCUUUCUUCUCGUUCGGUCACUCCUCCGUUGACUCCGUGGUCUCCGCUUAUCUCUCCGGACAGAGACUUGCUCCUGUUUCAACGUGUGAUAAUACCAAAGCGACGAGAGAAGACCUAGGUAUCUGUAUGGCUCGCAAGGACCUAGGGUUAGGGUUUUGGUGGGACGAUGAGAAGCUCGUCAACUCGAAUGAUCCGGAAAAGCUUAUGGAAGCGAUGGAAUCUAUGAAAGUACUAUACAGCCGUCUCAAGGAAUUGGAAGAUCAAACCCUAACAACAACAACAAGGAUCGACGACGAGGACAUGGUUGAGAUUUCACAUGAGUCGGAUGAAUGGAGCGAGAUGGAUCUUCAUAAACUCCUCCAAGAUUGUGAUUGUGAAGAAGAGGAUCAGAGUGUAACUGAUAAAACCUGCAACAACAGCAACUCUGUAUCAUCUGCAGCUGAAAGAAGCUGGGAAGAAGUGGCGAUAGAUCUUGAUUUGGAUACUAUCAUUACCUAUGAUGAUUUACCAGAGCUUCCACCUGUUGUUGUUAGCAACACUGAAAAAGAAGAAGAAGAAGAGGAUGAGAACGUAUCUGAGAAAACCUGCAACAACAACAACAACAACAACUCUGUAUCAUCAUUACCAGCUGCAGCUGAAAAAAGCUUGGAAGAAGCGACGAUGGCUCUUGAUUUCGAUAGUAUUUUUGAAGGUCUGAUGUCCUAUGAUGAUGUGGAUCUCUCCUGGUCUGAUGACUUAUUGUUCAUGUAAUUUUUAGGAGAGUAUACGUUCGGUCUGGUCUCGAUCAGUUUUUCUCACAUGAUAGAAAAUUGAUCGAACUCAUACCGGUUUAUUUGGUUUGUAUAUCUGAUGUCUUAAUCAAGUGUAAUAAAAUGUUUAACAAGCAAGUAAAAUUUGAGUUUGUGUA